UUAAUUGAUUCAAAAAAAAUUAUCUCAGCAAUGUCCCUAUUGUUACUAUUCCUUUCUACAGUUGAAGCACAAGCUGUCUUUGAUAUAACCAAAUAUGGUGCUCAAGCUGACGAGAAAACAGAUUGUUGCGAAGCUGUAAUGUCUGCUUGGAAAGAGGCAUGUGCGGCAGGAUCAAGCAAAGUUUUGAUUCCGAAGGGAACAUUCUUGAUGGGCAUAGUGAAGUUGGAGGGUCCUUGCAAAGGAGCAAUGGAAAUCGAACUUCAAGGAACCUUGAAGGCUCCGGCAGACCCGAAAGCAAUCAAAGGAGAAGGUUGGAUCACCCAUCGUAUCAUUGAUCAUGUAGAUCAACUCACAAUAUGCGGAGGAGGUACUUUUGAUGGUCAGGGAGAAGCUGCAUGGAAGGCAAAUGAUUGUAAAAAUGGCGGAGAAGCACCUCCUAUGUCGUUAAUGCUAAAUUGCAUCACCAACAGCGUUGUGAAGGACGUGACUUCGCUUAAUAGCAAGAAUUUUCACGUAAAUGUCAUUGGAUGCGAAAAACUCACAUUUGAAAGGUUUAAAAUAGACGCACCUGGAACUUCGAUCAACACCGAUGGAAUACAUGUAGGACGAUCGAAAGAGGUCACUAUAAUUGACACAAACAUUGGUACGGGUGAUGAUUGCAUCUCUAUUGGUGAUGGGACAACAGAUCUGAAAAUUGAAAAAGUAACAUGCGGACCUGGCCAUGGCAAAAAGUAA